AGGUUUGAAAUUCUAGUAAAUUUGACUAAACAUUAAGAACAUGACUGCCGCAUAGGAAAACAACAUGUUAAAGAAUAAGCAUCAUGUCCGUGCAAGGUGAAAUCACAAUGUAUGGCAAUUAUUCGGACAUCAAUGCAAGCACAUGCAUGAUACAACAUGAAGAAAGCCAUGCAACCAUCUUGCCUUGGCUCUAUCUCUCUUUGGCUCUCCUGGGCCUCCCGACCAAUGGAAUCGUCUUGCUGGGUCUUUGGAGAUCAGAGAGGACACCCACUGUCAUCUUUACUUUAAACAUAGUUGUGUCAGACCUGAUGAUGUGCUGCAGUUUUUUCUUCAGAAUAGCCUACUACAAAGAGAAUGUUAACUGGAAAUCUGGAACUACGAUCUGCAAUGCAAUAGAGUUGAUCAUUUUCACUUGCUUCUACAUUAACCUCUACUGCAACAUGUGCUUCUUUUUGUGGACCAGCAUCAAUCGCUAUGCCACAGUAGUAAAACCAGGCUAUGCCUUGUUGCAGGUCUUUAAACGCACGCAACCGUGCUGGAUCAUCUCCUUUUCUACCUGGUUGCUUAUAACCACAAUUGCAGGCAUUAGCAUGUGGGUUAAACAGAGCAUAGUAAACAAUGGGACUUGCUUCGACCAGGUUGUCGACAGUAACAUUCACUUUAAAGUUCAAUUAAACACCAUCCAUUGCUUUAGUGUUGCAGGAUUCUUUUUUAUUUUGUGCUUGAUGUUGGUCAGUUAUGGUCUACUGGUUAUCCACCUUCAGAAUGUGAGGGGUGGAAGUCUAUUUGGUGCUGGAUUUGGAACGGGAGGAGGUCUUAAGGUUCGAAGGAAGAUUCUGGCCUCUGUCAUAUUGUUUGUACUCUGCUUCCUACCCUACCAUGUGCAAAGGGUCAUCUUAUUAACAUCAAGGAGUGGAAACUGUCAAGCACAGUUCAGGAUGAAAACUGGAACCAUCUUUGUUGCAGCUUUCAGCUGUUGCCUACAUCCUGUUCUCCAGCUGGUGUUCCGUUUGCACUGCUGUCGAGCCAAGCGCAACACCAGGCCCAAAACCAAACCUGAAAUAUCCAAGAGUCUGGACACACCUCAUAUAAAUACUAUAAAUCUGAUAGAAAACAUUGAUAGUGCAAAGAAAAACGAAAGUGAAUUGAACCAACACAGUGACAAUGAAAAAUGUUAAGAAAAAAAAAACUGUUCUAUGUUUCCUGUGUGAUGCUUUCAGGAAGCUGUAAAGCAUGCUAAUAUCAGAGGGCUGUGUAGUCUUUACCAUUACUGGUGACAUUGGCUAGAUGCAAAAAUAAGGACAUGUUUGUAAUGGCACACUGCCAUCCUCAUAUCACAGUAUACAU